CCCCUGGUCUGUAAAACUGCCGGCUGAUAGAUAAACUGAUAUGUUGAAUCUGCCUUUACAACUCUCUUUCCCUGGAUAUUGUAUCUCAAAUGUGGAUAAUUUUUUAAUUGACUUUAAUGCCAAGGGAAUGCCAAGUCUGGUCCAGCAUGAGGCCUUGCACAUCUGUUUACCAGGAGAGUGAGCCCUGUCACCAGAGAUAGAGUCCUUCCACCACAGCUACUGAGGCCUUAUCUAACACUGUAUCAGGACCAUUCUGCAGAGGAACCACCAUUAAUAACAACCUGACUUUCAUUUGUCUGGAGUAAAGGAUCAGAAGUCACUGAGAGCAAGACAGAGUCCCUGCCAAGAAUUAUGCCAAUAUAGCCUCCUCAGUAUCUCCAGCAGACAACCACUCUAGAGGUGCUAACGUAGUCCCUCUCCAGCAGUAACCAUGGACGACCAUUGGCAGAACAAUGUGAACCAGCAGGGCACUGAGAUCCCCACCUACGGGGAGGGAGGCGGCCAGGAGUACCCCUACCAGGCUGACUUCCCCCAGCAGGAGGGUGGGGGGGACGAGGAUGCUAGGAGUGAUGCCACAGAAGGUCACGAUGAGGAUGCAGAGGCGAUGUAUGAAGGAGAGUACCAGGGGAUCCCCCACCCUGACGAGAUCAAGGCGGCCCAGAGGGCGGCCAGGGCCGAGGCCAGGAAGAAGGCCAGGCUGGCAGCAGCGAUGCCGGAUGAGGAGGACCUGGCAGAACAGUACGAGAACAUCAUGGAGGACUGUGGGCACGGUCGUUUCCAGUGGACCCUGUUUAUCGUGCUGGGCAUGGCGCUGAUGGCGGAUGGCGUGGACGGAUUUGUGGUGGGCUUCGUGUUGCCUAGCGCCGAGAAGGACAUGUGCAUAUCCAACGCCAACAAGGGCAUGCUGGGUCUGUUGGUGUAUGUGUCGAUGAUGGUGGGGGCUUUCGUCUGGGGCAGCCUGGCGGAUAAGAUGGGCCGUAGGAAAUGUCUGAUCUACUGUCUGGCCAUCGACUGUGUCUUCAGCUUCCUGUCCUGCUUCGCUCAGGGAUACGGAUUCUUCCUCUUCUUCCGGUUCUGCUCCGGCUUCGGGAUCGGAGGGACUGUCCCCAUCGUGUACACCUACUUCGCAGAGUUCCUCCAGAUGGAUAAGAGAGGGGAGCACCUUAGCUGGCUGUGUAUGUUCUGGAUGUUCGGUGGGCUCUACGCCUCCUUCACCGCCUGGGGAAUCAUCCCUCACUACGGCUGGGGCAUUAGCCUGGGGACACAGUACCAGAUCCACACCUGGAGAGUAUUCAUUCUGGUGUGUAUGUUUCCAGCCAUCAUUGCCCUCGUUGGACUGGUCUUCAUGCCAGAGAGUCCACGCUUCUUCCUGGAGAAUGGGAGACAUGACGAGGCCUGGAUGAUUCUGAGACAGGUCCAUGAUACCAACUGGAAGGCCAAGGGAGAACCUGAGAGGGUAUUCACUGUGUCCAACAUCACGACUCCUAAGACCCAGGAGGAUGAGUUCAUUGAGAUCCAGAGUGACACUGGAACAUCCUUCCAGCGCUGGACUGUCAGACACACCAACCUCCUCAAACAGGUGAUGCAGAACAUGAUGUCCCUGGCAGCACCAGACCUCAGACUGCAGGGUCUGUUCCUGGCUAUCGUCUGGUUCACCAUGGCCUUCAGCUACCACGGACUGUCGGUGUGGUUCCCUGACAUGAUCAAGUACAUGCAGUAUGAGGAGUACGAGUCCAAGGUGAAACUCUUCCAUCGAGAACGAGUGGAGCGAUUCCACUUCAACUUCUCCCUGGUCAACCAGAUCCACAAAGAGGGAGAAUAUGUCCAUGACAAGUUCAUGGAUAUAGAGAUCAAGUCUGUGAAGUUUGAAGAUUCCCUGUUUGAGAACUGUUACUUUGAGGACGUCAGGUCGACCAACACGUACUUUGAGAACUGCACCAUCAAGAACACGGUCUUCUAUAACACAGACCUUUGGGAAGACUCUAAGUUUAUAGACUGUCGGAUGGAGAAUGCCACGUUUCUCCAUCCGAAGAAAGGCUGCCAUCUGAACUUCCAGGAGGAGAACGACAUCGUCAUCUACAUGGUCAGCUUCCUGGGGAGUCUAGCGACACUGCCAGGCAACAUCCUGUCAGCCCUCUUCAUGGACAAGAUAGGAAGGAUCAAAAUUAUAGGUGGUUCUAUGCUGAUAUCAGCAGUUUGUACGUUCCUCCUGCUCCUCAGCUUCAGUCAGGGAGCAGUUAUAUUAUUUCAGUGCCUUUUCUACGCUACCAGCGUCGCGGCCUGGAACGGACUGGAGGUCAUCACAGUAGAAAUCUACCCUUCUGCUAAAAGAUGCACAGCGUUCGGAGUGCUGAACGGUACCUGUAAGCUGGCAGCCAUUAUUGGCAGCGUCAUCUUUGCCAAGUUCAUCGGCAUCACAAAGAUCAUCCCCAUUUUCCUGGCGUUCGCAGCGCUGGCCUGUGGAGGUCUGCUGGCCACCAAACUGCCGGACACACGGGAGAAGAUCCUGGAGUGAAAACAGCUAAACAUCUACAGCAUCAAGGGUUGUAAAAUUCCUGUGACUUUCCACAGGUUCUCAAAACAUCUUUGGUGGGGGAGGAUUCCCAGACUUCCUGCUUAAACGUGGGGGAAUUUGGGGAAAGUUAGUGGAAUUUUGCAAACCUUUACAACGUCACGGCCAAAUAAAGAUGUCUGUACAUAUAGGUUGGUCCAGUUGGGAGAGAGAGAGACUUCCACAUGUGAAGUGAGUUGUGUGUGUGUGACAGAAUUAGGGGGAGGGGCUUUCUGUUCCCAUGGUGAUGUAUAGAACGAACGGUACCCUCAUCAAGACAUGUCACCAUUUUACAUUGUUUGAUAUUGUGUUUUUCUUCUGUACACCUCAAAAUACCACCCAGGUAGAGCAGGACAUGUCACUCUGUAUUUGGUAGGUUUUAAAAUGUGUUUUAAAUUAUUUUAAAUGAAAGAAUUACGAGAGAUGAGAAAUAUAUCUACUUGGAAGAUGACAGACAGUUUUACCAUGUUGUGCUUUGAUUUUUAAAACUAACUGUUCAGGAAAGGUAUUGGGUUGACAUUUGGGUUGGAAUUCAACGACGGCUAAGGUUUCAACGUAACGCUAUUUUACGAUUCAGAACCAAUUUUCCAUUGGUUCAGAAACCCCUCCAUUCUAUUCCACAACCCCCCUUCUUCCCAAGGACUCCAUUUACAUAUAUUCAUCCCUGUGUAUCGCUCAGCAUCUGGUCUUCAACUCCUGUUGUAUCUAUUAACCAGGACCACAACCUCUUCUGCUGUACAGUGGAUGCAUCUGUUGACGUACCAAUAUGUUUGUUGUAUUGUUUGUGUUCAGUCUCUCGUUGUCCAGAAGAGCUGUGUUCUAGAUACUGAUUCUAUUAAAUCCUGUCUAGUCUGUGUUCAGUCUCUCCUUGUCCAGAAGAGCUGUGUUCUAGAUACUGAUUCUAUUAAAUCCAGUCUAGUCUGUGUUCAGUCUCUCCUUGUCCAGAAGAGCUGUGUUUUAGCUACUGAUUCUAUUAAAUCCUGUCUAGUCUGUGUUCAGUCUCUUCUUUUCCAGUAGACUGAUACUGAUUAUAUUAAAUCCGGUCUAGUCUGUGUUCAGUCUCUGCUUUUCCAGAAGAGCUGUGUUCUAGAUACUGAUUCUAUUAAAUCCUGUCUAGUCUGUGUUCAGUCUCUCCUUGUCCAGAAGAGCUGUGUUCUAGAUACUGAUUCUAUUAAAUCCAGUCUAGUCUGUGUUCAGUCUCUGCUUUUCCAGAAGAGCAUCUUGUCUUCAGCUCCUGUUGUAUCUAUUAACCAGGACCACAACCUCUUCUGCUGUACAGUGGAUGCAUCUGUUGACGUACCAAUAUGUUUGUUGUAUUGUUUGUGUUCAGUCUCUCGUUGUCCAGAAGAGCUGUGUUCUAGAUACUGAUUCUAUUAAAUCCUGUCUAGUCUGUGUUCAGUCUCUGCUUUUCCAGAAGAGCUGUGUUCUAGAUACUGAUUCUAUUAAAUCCUGUCUAGUCUGUGUUCAGUCUCUCCUUGUCCAGAAGAGCUGUGUUCUAGAUACUGAUUCGAUUAAAUCCUGUCUAGUCUGUGUUCAGUCUCUGCUUUUCCAGAAGAGCUGUGUUCUAGAUACUGAUUCUAUUAAAUCCUGUCUAGUCUGA